AUGCCGCAGAUGAGAGUGAGAUUUGGCUCCAGCCGCUUCUGGGUUUCAGGAAUACUGGACUCCACUCCUUCCAAGCCCACAAUGGCCGUGGACGUCGCGAUGCAGUUGUACCUGCGCUCGCCCUCUUUCCGAAGGGACAGUUUUGCUUACAAAACGGCUCCGAAGCCCAAGAAGCCUUUGCGGCCUUGCAUCCAUUUGAACAGCGCCGUGGAAUUAAAUGACCUGGAGGCCGAGGUGAAAAAUCUACCGAGCGCCAAAGCGAAAAAGCGGGUGACCUUUGCCGACAACAGGGGCUUGGCUCUGACGAUGGUGAAAGUCUUCUCCAAGUUCGACGACCCGUUGGAUAUUCCAUUUAACAUCACGGAACUCAUCGACAGCAUCGUGGGCCUGACGGCAGCGGACAAGGACGAUUUUGUCUUGGAUUUCCUACAGCCUUCUGCCGACUAUUUGGACUUCCGGAAUCGCCUCCAGGCGGACUACGUCUGCCUGGAGAACUGCAUGUUGAAAGAUAAAGCCAUCACCGGCACCGUGAAAGUCAGGAAUCUUGCGUUCGAGAAGGCCGUGAAGAUCCGGAUGACAUUCGAUACCUGGAAAACCUUCACGGACUAUCCGUGCCAAUAUGUCAAAGACACGUACGCCGGUUCAGAUAAGGAUACCUUCUCUUUUGAGAUCACCUUGCCAGAGAAAGUUCCACCCCACGAAAGGAUGGAGUUUGCUGUGUGUUACGAAAGCGACGGAAAGGUGUAUUGGGAUAGCAACAAAGGCCUGAAUUACAGGAUCGUAAGGUCCGAACUCAAAUCCGCUCGGGAGAUUUCCCCCACUGAGGGCGAAUCUGGUUUCGGGAUUGCCUUUGACCAGUUUGGAAGCCCGAGGUGUUCCUACGGCUUAUUUCCCGAAUGGCCGAGUUAUUCGGGGUACGAGAAACUUGGGCCUUAUUAUUGAACGA